AUGGCUCCCCGCUGCUGGCGCUGGUGGCACUGGUCGGCAUGGCCUCGGACCCGGCCGCCUCCCGCCGGGAGCACUCCGAGCUCCCGCCGGCUGCUCUCCACGCAGGAGCAGCCCCCCCAGAUCUGUGUGGUGGGCAGUGGCCCGGCUGGCUUCUACACUGCCCAGCACCUGCUGAAGCACCACGCCCAGGCCCGUGUGGACAUCUACGAGAAGCAGCUGGUACCCUUCGGCCUGGUGCGCUUUGGCGUGGCGCCCGACCACCCCGAGGUGAAGAAUGUCACCCACACCUUCACCCAGACGGCCCUCUCUGACCGCUGCGCCUUCCACGGCCACGUGGUGGUGGGCAGGGACGUGACCGUGCCGGAGCUGCGCCAGGCCUACCACGCCGUGGUGCUGAGCUACGGAGCGGAGGACCACCGGGCGCUGGGGAUCCCCGGCGAGGAGCUGCCGGGCGUGUUCUCGGCGCGGGCCUUUGUGGGCUGGUACAACGGGCUCCCUGAGAACCGGGAGCUGGCACCGGACCUGAGCUGCGACACGGCCGUGAUUCUGGGGCAGGGGAACGUGGCCCUGGACGUGGCCCGGAUCCUGCUGACCCCACCUGAGCAGCUGGAGAAAACGGACAUCACGGAGGCCUCCCUGGGGAUCCUGAGGCAGAGCCGGGUGAAGACGGUGUGGAUAGUGGGCCGGCGUGGACCCCUGCAAGUGGCUUUCACCAUUAAGGAGCUUCGAGAGAUGGUUCAGUUACCGGGAACCCGGCCCCUGCUGGAUCCUGCGGAUUUCUUGGGCCUCCAGGACAGAUUGAAGGAGAUGUCCCGCCCGAGGAAGCGGCUGACGGAGCUGCUGCUGCGAACGGCCACCGAGAAGCCAGAGCGGGAGGAGGCUGCCCGCCGGGCAGAGGCCUCCCGCGCCUGGGGCCUCCGUUUUCUCCGAAGCCCCCAGCAGGUGCUGCCCUCCCCGGACGGGCAGCGGGUGGCAGGCAUCCGCCUGGCGGUCACCAGACUGGAGGGUGUCGGUGAGACCGCCUGGGCAGUGCCCACUGGCGACACGGAGGACCUCCCUUGUGGGCUGGUGCUGAGCAGCGUGGGGUAUAAGAGCCGCCCCAUUGACCCCAGUGUGCCCUUUGACCCCAAACUUGGGAUCAUCCCCAAUACGGAGGGCCGGGUUGUGGAUGUGCCAGGCCUCUACUGCAGCGGCUGGGUGAAGCGGGGGCCCACGGGCGUCAUCGCCACCACCAUGACCGACAGCUUCCUCACCAGCCAGGCGCUGCUGCAGGACCUGAAGGCCGGGCUGCUGCCCGCCGGCCCCAGGCCCGGCCACGCGGCCAUCGAGGCCGUGCUCAGCAGCCGAGGCGUCCGGCCCAUCUCCUUCUCGGACUGGGAGAAGCUGGAUGCCACGGAGGUGUCCCGGGGCCAGCGCACUGGGAAGCCCAGGGAGAAGCUGCUGGAUCCUCAGGAGAUGCUCCGGCUGCUGGGGCGCUGA